AUGGACAUUAUUAACGAAGGUAAGUCACUUUUGGAAUUACAAGUCAAUUGUCAAUUCUUGAAACUCGUCGACGAACUUUUAACCGCAAGAUUACUUGCUUUCGGUUCCCUUGCAACAAAGGUAACUAACAGAACCGGUAUGGUGAGAAUGAAAGACAUUCUCAACUAUAUUGAUAGAAGUACUGAACUCUCUUGUGAGACUAUUGUUAAAGAGAGGAUCGAAGAGUAUAUCAAAUACUUAAGAAGGUUCGCAAACGAGUUUAGCUUUGGGUUGUGUGAGGCUGAGAACAACCAAUGGUCUGCUACGAAAGCCAUGGACAGUUUCCUCCUUAAAUUAGACUUCAGAAUCAUUAUAACUUAUGAUUACUUGAAGGAAGGUGCCAGCAGAGUUGCACUUUGCAGUAUUCUUGGAAAGCAAACACCUACUGGCUCGAUGUUCCGUGAAGACAAUGUCAGAACAGAACUUAAUCAAGUGACUACUGGUAGUCACAGCCGCCAAGGUACUGAUCAAAAAGGGUUUCAACCAAGAAGAAACUUCAAAUCAUCGAAGCAACCAAAUGAUGGUAGUCGUGUUAUGAAAAAGAGAAGAAACAGAUUAAGAGGUAAGAAGAAUAAAGCUGCUGUUGCUUCUAACCCUAACAACACUCCUGUUAGUAAGUUAGCGACUUCCCCAGACCAUUAA